GCGGCGGCAUGGCUGGUGCGGGGCACCUCCGGCCGCGGGGCUGGGGUCGGCUGGAGGCGGGCUCCGGGGGCGAGGCGGCGGGGUCGCCCGGCCGAGGGCCCUGUCGGUGCGCGCAGGGCCGGCGGGCCGACCCCCGGAAGCUGGCCGUGCCCGCCGCGUGGCCGCCCUUCAUGGCGGCCGAGGAGAUGCACUGGCCUGUGCCCAUGAAGGCCAUUGGCGCCCAGAACCUGCUCACCAUGCCCGGGGGCGUGGCCAAGGCCGGCUACCUGCACAAGAAGGGGGGCACCCAGCUGCAGCUGCUCAAGUGGCCCCUGCGCUUUGUCAUCAUCCACAAGCGGUGUAUCUACUACUUCAAGACCAGCACGUCCGCCUCCCCGCAGGGUGCCUUCUCGCUGAACGGCUACAACCGGGUGAUGCGGGCGGCCGAGGAGACGACGUCCAGCAACGUCUUCCCCUUCAAGAUCAUCCACAUCAGCAAGAAGCACCGCACAUGGUUCUUCUCGGCCUCCUCUGAGGACGAGCGCAAGAGCUGGAUGGCCUUGCUGCGCAGGGAGAUCGGCCACUUCCAUGAGAAGAAGGAGGCGCCUCUGGACACCAGCCUCAGCGACUCCAGCUCCGACUCGGACAGCUUCUACGGCGCCGUGGAGCGGCCCGUGGACAUCAGUGUCUCUCCGUACCCCACGGACAGCGAAGACUACGAGCACGACGACGACGACGACUCCUACCUGGAGCCUGACUCCCCCGAGGACACCCUGACGCAUCCGCCGGCCUACCCCCCGCCUCCCGUGCCCGUGGCCAGGAAGCUGGCCUUCGAGAUGCCCCGGGCCCACUCCUUCACCUCCCGGGGCCCGAGCCCUCUGGUGCCACCGCCGCCACCCAAGCGUGGCCUCCCGGACACUGGCCCGGCUCCUGAGGACUCCAAGAGGGACCUGCUGGGCCCGAGGUGGGCGGAGCCCGGCCUCAGGGUGCCUGCUGUCCCCCGGAGGAUGAGCGACCCCCCCAUGAGCAGCCUGCCCCACCCGCCCAACCCUCGGAAGCCCCCGUGCUUCCCCGAGAGCGGCAGCCCUGGCCCGGAGCCCCGCGUCCCCAGCCCGGGGGCCGCCUCCAGGAACUGUGACAAGCUCAAGUCCUUCCACCUGUCUCCCCGGGGGCCGCCCACGCCGGAGCCCCCGCCCGUGCCAGCCAACAAGCCCAAGUUCCUGAUGGUGGCCGAGGAGGCUCCCCUGCGGGAGGCGGCCAAGCCUGGACUCUUCGUGCCCGCCGUGGCCCCCAGGCCGCCUGCACUGAAGCUGCCUGUGCCGGAGGCCGCAGUCCGGCCCCUGGUCCUGCCCAGGCUGGAGAAGCCGCUCCACCCUCACCUCCAGCGCUCGCCCCCCGACGGACAGAGUUUCAGGAGCUUCUCCUUUGAGAAGACCCGUCGGCCCUCCCAGGACGACGCCCCGCAGGCGGACUCUGGCGGCAAGGACUCCGACGAGGACUAUGAGAAGGUGCCGCUGCCCAGCUCGGUCUUCGUCAACACCACAGAGUCCUACGAGGUGGAGAGGCUGUUCAAAACCACGAGCCCCCGGGGGGAGCCGCAGGAUGGACUCUACUGCAUCCGCAACUCGUCCACCAAGUCGGGGAAGGUUUUGGUCGUGUGGGACGAAAGCUCCAACAAAGUGAGGAACUACCGCGUCUUUGAGAAGGACUCUAAAUUCUACCUGGAGGGCGAGGUCCUGUUUGUGAGCGUGGGCAGCCUGGUGGAGCACUACCACACCCACCCGCUGCCCGGCCACCAGAGCCUGCUGCUGCAGCACCCCUACGGCUACUCGGGGCCCAGGUGACGCCGACGCGCUGUGGGCCGAGGUGACCCCAAGGCUACCAUCUCAGGCCACGCAGAGGAGUCGGGCCCGCAGGGCAGGAGGAGCUCCGACCCGAGGCCUCCCUGACGGAACACCGGACUGCCAGGCCAGGCCAGGCCGGGCCCCACCCAGCAGGCUGGGUCCUCGGGGCUGGGCCGGGCCUCAGGCUGCUGAGGGCCGGGGCUCUCUGGUAUCCUGCCCCGCCCCAUCUGUUUCACCUCCAGGUGAAACCUAGCAGCCCAGGGCCUCUCUCUAGACGGAGCUGGCCUGGGCUUCACGGACAGGAGUUCUGGUCCCCACCCUGCUCAGGGCUGGGGGCCGGGCAGGGAGGGCUGGGGCAUCCGCGGUUGGGGCAGGGUUGUCCCCAGGACCCCCAGGAACGCUAAGACUCAGGCUCCAGGAGGGGCCUUUGCUGCACAAUAAAGCACAGACGACCUUUG